AUGAGUUACUAGCAUAGUGGCGGUGAGAUUUCUGUAUAGUGUUAGACAGUUAAACAAGCGAGUGUUAGGAUGUACAACGAAUUUGCAUCACCUUUGAUGGAACCGGCCUUGGAUUGGCAAAACACUGACGCCGACUGACAUUGAUCUGUUGAGAACAUAAAGAAUACAUAUACAAUGCCUGCGGGCCGGGGAUAUGGGACGUUCUCGGCGAGUGAUAAUACAUGGAGUCACACGGCCAUCGACGUCAGAGUGGAUUGUCUGUCGUACGUGGUCAGCGAGAAACCCGCUCAGCUGUGGCAGAGGCUGGUGGCGCUGCAGAUGCCGUGGGAGACAUCUGCCACGGUGAGGAAACAAGUCCUACAGGAUGUGUCAUUCAGCGUCAACAGUGGCACGAUGCUCGCUAUUCUGGGCAGCUCAGGUAGUGGGAAAACGUCUCUCUUGGAUGUGAUCACCUGCAGGGCACCAUCACCUGAAGGUGUCACCGGGGAGGUUUACCUCAAUGGCGUCGCACGCACACGGUCUAUGGUGGACGCCUGCUCGGCGUAUGUUCGCCAGGACGAUCGUCUGCUGCCGAAUCUGACAGUCCAAGAGACGCUGCUGUUUGUGGCUCAGCUCAAGUUGCCCACCACCUUCACGGAAAGUGAGGUUCUCGAUCGGGUUUCAAGUGUUAUUGCCGAGCUCGGUCUGUCGCACGUUUCAGACACAAGGGUGGGUAACUCUGAGAUGAGAGGACUUUCUGGCGGUGAAAGACGUCGAGUCAGCAUUGGUAUUCAACUUCUCCUGGAUCCAAGUGUAUUGUUUCUGGACGAACCGACUUCCGGUUUAGAUUCAUUCACAGCUCAUCAUCUAGUGGAGACGUUAGCUAGACUAGCUCACAACGGUCGUACAGUGAUACUGUCCAUCCACCAGCCCCGAUCUGACCUUCUCGAUCUGUUUGACAAAGUGCUGCUAAUGUCAAAAGGUCAAAUGGUCUACUUUGGCGAAGCAAGGAACAUGGUAGAUUAUUUCAACAGCCUUGGAUUCCCGUGUCCAGAACUAACAAACCCCUGUGAUUAUUACGUGGACCUGUCGACAGUGGACAGUACGAGUGAAGCCAGUGAUGAGUUCACGUCCCAUAUCGUGGAGGAACUCGUGUCGGCAUUCCAGCUCUACAACAACACUCUCGUGCAGACACCGGAGACAGACACACAAGAGAAGAAACACCCUGAUUUCGACAUCAUCGCUGCAGCCUUCAAGGGCAGUUCCAACCAUCCUGGCGUCUUUCGUCAAUUCAGCGUCCUUUUCAGACGAGCCAUGAGAAAUCUCUUGGAAGACUACGCCAUGUUGAUUAUUCACUUCCUGCAGGCCCUGACCAUGUCGUUUAUUCUCGGAGUGAUCUUCGUCCAGCUCGGGGAGGACCAGCUCGCCAUGAGGGACCGUUUCGGUCUCAUGUAUCUCCUCAGCACCAUGUACCCGUACAUGGUCAUCCUCGACAUUAUUGGGCAAGGGCAUCAAGAGAGAAAGUUUCUUUAUUUUGAAAUGCAGGAUAACAUUUACGGACCCGGUCCAUUCUUUUUUGCUAAGAUAGCGAGUGAACUCCCUUUCCACACUAUUUAUCACUCGGUGUACAUAACGCCUAUGUACUUUCUCGCCGGGCUACCCGCGGACACGACGACAUUCUUCACGGUGUAUGGGCUCAUCUACAUCAGCGUCUUCUGCAGCAGGGCCCUGGCCAUGUUCUGUGCAGCGUUCAUGCCCACAUUCCAGAUGGCCGUCGUCUUCUCCAACGUGAUUUUCACAUUACAAGUCAUGUCUUCUGGCUUUCUUAUUACGCUAGAUAACUUGAUGUCAGCUUUCCGUUGGGUUUCCACGGUUUCCUACAUACGCUGGGGAUUCGAAGGGACGGCGCUUGCGACUAUAUCCAAUCUGAAUUUUACGUGUGAUGGGACUCCCCCGCAGUUCUGUGUUCACACGGGGCGAGAAGCAAUGGAAAUAUUUGGAUUUGGUGAUGGGACGAUGUUGCAGGCUUGUACUGCAAUAGGAGCCACAAUCGUUGUGUUCUUGAUACUGUUUUUCUGUAGUUUAAAAUGGAUUCCACAAAAACCUCAUGAACACUAGGAUUAAUGUUAUGAAUACCAAUGCAAAAAAAAAAACAUCACUGUGUAUGUUUCCUAAUUGUGUGAGGGUUCUGGUGGUUUUAAAACCACAAAAAAUAUGAUCAUUUUCCCCAUCACUUUCCCUUCUUUGUGCGAUGGGGUUUCGUAUGUACCAGUCAGCCAUUAUAUUUAACGUUAUGACUCGCACACCUCCCCACUCACCUGUAUUUUGGAUGGGGGUUGAUCAAUUAUUUUUCAGUUUUGUGUUUGUGCGUGCGUGAGUGACUGUUUGUGUCUGUUUAUUUAUAAGCAUGAUCGUUUUUAACAGAAUUAUCAUUUUAUAUUGUUUAUGUGGUAAAGUCACUAAAAUGGCUUACUUGACUGCAAAAUGCAUAGUAGAUAUUAUACACUGUAUAUAUAUAAAAUCAUUUAUUCCAUUCAACUUUUCAUGCAGUAUGGUUUGACUUCUUUUAGCUCAAUUUUAAUAUUUCCCUGAUGAAGCAGGAACAAGCGAAAAUUUGAAUUAAAGAGGGAUAUAUGACUGUUAAA